GAAGCGUCGCGGCGCAUUUCAACUCGCAUCCUCGUCGUCCCGUACGAGUCUUUGACACGAGCGAGUGUUUCGAGAGUUUCGUGGAGUGUCGGAAGUGAAGUAAAUUGUCGGGCGUUCGUGCCAACAUUCGUCGUCAGUCGAAUGCGAUGUAUUGUGCGAAGUUGUGUCGCGUUUAAUCGUGUUUUGCAUCUUCUCCGCUGCCUCAUAUCCCGAGUUCCCGACGCAGAAAGAUUAUUGCAAGGAGCAAGUGCAAAUUUUGCGAAGAAAAUGCAGGCUCAAGCUGAAGAAAAAUAUAUUGAUUACUUUAGAUUGCCACCUCAAUUAUUUGAUUUUACUAAAAUUAGUCGAACCUGUUAUUAUCAAAGAACAAAAUAAUUCGUGAUCCCAUUUCGCCUGAAACUUGACUACACAUAACACUGCGGUUUUUAGCAUCAAGAGAUAGCAUGAAAUCGAUAUCGUAAUGAUAAUUAUUUGAUGAAUUAGUAAAAUUAAUAAAUAAUUAAUUAAUUAAUUAAAUAUUUUGUUUUUCUUCCUGACAACACGUGAAAAACGAAUACAUGCGCAAAAGUUAUUCCGCUGAAAACUGAAAAAGAAAACGGCGGAAUCGACGGAACAAAGUCGCUACCAAUCACAAACGUUCCACAGUUCCGUCAAUCUCAUGUAAGCGCACCCUCACUCAUUUAUCUGGAGGCAUGUAAAAUAAAAAAUACAUUUCCAUGCAAAAAUAUUUCUUUGUUAUUUCAUAAACUUAAUUUACUAAAAUAUUAAAUUUAUUUGAUAUCAUAACUGUUUUUAGUAAUGUAAGUUCAAAAAAUUACGACAUUCUAUUUAAUGUAAUGUAAAUAUAUACAAUUUUGUAGCAUUCUUAAAUUUGCGUAGAAUUUUUUUCAUGAGGGUAACUUUUCAAUUUCAUUAUACCAUGGUUACGAGUUAGUACUGGUUGUUAGUACGCGUAUCAAGACUAUCAAGAGCUCGUGGUUCGGUGUAAAUUAGGCCAUUCAUUCAUGACGCAUCAUCCCUGCAAGAUCGCUGACGUACAACGACUAUUGGUUAACACACGUUGAUUUUUGUCAUGUGGCACGUUCCCUCUUCGCUUCUGCCUGUAUUCUAGCGAAUGACGAAACGCGACUCAGCAACAACGUGGUACGUGUGAACGUGUUCUUGCGAUCAGAAUUUUGCUCACGGCAGGCCGUAGAGGUUAUAUUUAAAUUACGAUGGCAGAGGCGGCGUUAACAGAGGAAGAGCUGAUGCAAAAGCACAAGAAGGAACGCAAAGAAUUGCAAGCGCAAAUACAGAUCCUGAAGAAAUCCAUCUGUAAAGGUGACAAGAAAAAAAAGAAAGAGAUUACGGAAGAAAUAGGGCGCUUAGAGGAGAACUUGGAGAAACGCCAAGUGGAGGAGGUGAACACAUGGCGACUUGCUCAUGUUACAUUGAACGACAAGCAGACGGAGCCCGCGGAAGCGAGCGAAGAAGUUAGUACAGACAAUUGCUCAGAUCAGUCGUCACACAGGGUUUCCAAAGCGCAGAAGAGACGAGAGAAGAAAGCGAUCGCGGAGAAGGAGCGCAAUCAGCGGAUCAUUGAGCAGGAAGCUCUUAACGUUUUUGGCAAAAGGAAUGUUGAGAUAGAAGCCAUAAAGAAGAUCCUUUCUGAGCGAGACUUGAUGAUCUACGAAAUUCCUAGCGACGGCCACUGUUUAUAUAAUGCCGUGGCACAUCAGCUUAAAAUAAAUGGAGAGACGCCUCUUAGCCUGCACGAUCUCAGAACAAAGACUGCUGACUAUUUGAGAGAAAACAUGAAUGACUUCUUGCCAUUUCUCUCCAAUCCUGAUUCUGAUGAUGUAUUGACUCCCGAGGAGUAUGAAAAGUACUGCAACGACGUAGCUGAGACAAGUGCUUGGGGUGGUGCUGUUGAGCUACAAGUUCUAUCACGUAUACUAAAAUGUCCAAUCGAAGUUAUACAAGCUGUGGGGGCUCCCUACAUCAUUGGAGAUGACAGUAAUGGCAAAAAGGUGAUACUGACUUAUCAUCGUCAUAUGUACGAGUUAGGUGCUCAUUACAAUUCUGUUACAAAACAUGUUCAAGAUGAGGAGAGUUGAUAAAGGUCUGCUUUAGAAUUUAUUUCUAUUUCAUUACAACAGUCUUCAACUUUUCUUACUGAUCAAUGUAUUAAUUGAGAUGAAUUAAGCAUGUUUCAAUUUACAAACAUGUUUUUGCCCAGUCAAUAAAAUUAAUUUAUUUCACGUGAAAAAUUUAAUAUAAAUUUUCAAGUAGUAUAAAAUAAUAUUAUCGAUAAAUAUACAGUCAAAUAUUGAUAAAGCUGCCAGUGAAGAAUAUUUAAGCUUCCAAUGAGAAUUGUAUUUCUAAACUUUACAUUAUUGUGAUGACUACUAAUCAUAAAAUGUUUAUAAAUGAAAUUCUUCAAAUGUGUGUAGAGACUGUUAAAGAACUAAAUGUAAAAUGCAUGUAAUAAAUUUUUUAUAAAUUAAUAAUCAGUUACACUAAAUAAUAUACACAAUAAGUUACACUAAAUGCAUAAUGAAAAUAUAAUAAAAUAUAUUAUUGGACAGAUGUAAUGUUAAUAGUUACACACAUUUUAGGAAUUCUUUUUUACAGUCAUUAGUUAGUUAAAAAUAUAAAAUACAUAUCAAUGAAUCAUCAGUAAACCAAUAUUUUCUUGUUCAUUUCAAUUAGUUUACUGAGUUGUGGCACAUUGAGUGCACAUUUAGAGCUAAACAUGACUGAAAGUUCUAUAUAAAUUCUACUAAAAUAAUAGAUUUGCUGUAGAUUCAUGUGGUAUAUUUUUAUCACAUUUAAUAAAUAUAAUUAUAUCUUGAAGUUUUAUAUAUUACAAAAGUAUGUUUUAGUAUCAUAUCAAAACUUGGUAUUUGAUAGAUUAUGUAAACGGUUAGCAUAUCAUGCACUAUUGUGUGUGAUCUUCCUAUAUUAAAUGGGCUUCAAGUUAUAUUUAGCGUUAGACGUGAGUCGAGAAUGUGGACUGUAUGGACGUUUAGAUAUAUUUACUCAAAUGUAUUAGUACAGGUUAUUAUAAAUACUUCGGCGGGUUACAUGCGAGUUGAUAGAGCCCUUGUGUUGUUACAGUAAUUAAAUUUAUAUAGAAUUAUAUUUAUUUUUCAAAUAAAUAUCAGACAAUAUAAACAUGCUGCCAGCAAAUAUGCUAAUACUUAUUAUUAAGAUUCGAUGUUCUUUGGCUUGUUCAAAGAGAUUGAAGUAUAUGUUAUUCUCUUAUUGAGUAUACUAUUUCGUGUUCAUUGUUAUAACAGUCACGUUUUGACUCAAGCGGUUAUCAAAUGUACACAUACGAGAAAUGUCUGAGAUUGCGUUUUUCAAAACUGUACUCGGACAGUGGAAUAAAUUAACGAUGUGAUUUGAUUUGAGAAAGGAUAAGACUGUGUGUGUGUGAGGAUACUUCUUUAUCAUUUUAACUCAUGAGAAUUAACUUUGGUCUUUAACUUUUCGAACAGGCUCUUCAACUAUGUAGCUUAGUAAUUCGUAUUGUGAAGCGAUUCAGUAAAGCAUCUUGGAGUCUUAAAUGCCGAGUACAAGAGUGUUCCUUAAUUUAUAAAAAUUUAUAUAGUCUCUUAACAAUAAUUUGGACCAUCUUGUGAUUUGAUCGUUUAUCCAUAUAAUAAAAUGAUAAAUGAGAAAGAUAAAUAUAAAUGAUUUAUAAUUACGGUGAUAAGACACAUUAAGGGAUACUCUUAUAUAUAUAUAUAUAUAAUGACAUUGUUCUUGUUUUUGUGAUUUUUGUAAAAUAUAUUUGAUUAUAUGUAAUGGAUGUUGUAGUCGGGUAUCAAAUAAAUACAUUAUGUAUAAGAAA